AUGCAAUCGUUGAAAAGUUUGCUAGGCUACGCAAAUGAUGAAUCAGGACCUCAGACUCCUUUUGGGAAACCGUUCAGGAACAAGUUCUUUAGAAACUUUGACCCUGAAGUUCGACCUGUUAAUCAUGGAUCAUAUGGUGCAGUGCCUGAGCCAAUUUUCCACAAAUUUGUAACGGCAAUGGAAGAGACCGAUCAUUUUCCUGAUUAUGCUAUCAGGUUCAAUGAGCCAGAUCAUUAUGUUGAAGCAUUGAAGUGCUUGGGAGAUUUUUUCAACUGUGAUUAUAGAAAUUUGGCAAUAGUUGAAAAUGCAACUACUGGAGUUAAUACGGUUUUGAGGAGUUUCCCAUUCAAAAAGGGAGAUAAGGUCAUUUUUGCUUCCACAGUAUAUGGCAGUUGUGGAAAUGUAGUCAAGUUUUUAGAAAAAAGGUAUGGUAUUGAAGCUGUGAUCGCUCAAUUGGACUAUCCUUUGAACGAUGAUGAAGUUGUACAGAUUUAUGAAAAUUUGAUAAAAGCUCAUUCCCCAAGGCUUUGUAUGUUUGAUGCAGUUACAUCUAUGCCUGGUGUGAAGAUGCCAUUCAUCGAGUUGACAAAGUUGUGUAAAAAAUACGGUGUUAUCUCCUUGGUAGAUGGGGCCCAUUCGGCGGGCUUGAUACCGUAUGAUUUCAGUUUCUCGCCAGAUUUCUUUGUAACUAACCUUCACAAGUGGCUCUACGUGCCGAGGGGCUGCUGUGCGUUGUACGUUGAUAGUAAACAUUUCAAUACUAUUCAGACGUUGCCUAUAAGUCAUUCGUAUGUAGAUGAAGACUUGAAGCUUCCGGAUGACGUUGAGGAAAAUUUGUUGGUUAGCAAAUUCACUUUCACUGGUACCACUUAUCAGGCUCAAUUGAAAUGUAUUCAAGCUGCAAUUGAGUUUAGGCGUAUGGAAUGUGGUGGGGAACAGGCGAUUUACGAUUACUGCCAUGAACUAGCUCUCAAAGUUGGAGUUGCUGUGAGCAAGACUUGGGGGACCAGGUAUUUAGAUAAUGAUGAUAAGAGCUUGGUGACUGCUAUGGUCAAUGUCGAAGUGCCUAUCAAGAGAAUUGCAGAUGAAUGUAACGCCAAUAUUGAGCUACUUAAAGAUCCCGUGCAAUAUAAAACUUUUGAGGACUCUGUAUUAAAGUCUAUGGCUCUCAAGUACAAGACUUUCGUACCCAUUGCUAAUCAUAAUGGUUGCUUGUGGGCUAGAUUUUCCUGCCAGAUUUAUAACUCUUUUGAGGACUACGAGUAUGCCGCAAAAUCGUUAUUACAAUCCAUGGCAGAUUACCUUAAAGAAUAG